CUCUCUCUCCCCUUGUGGUGCCGUCACUUCCUUCCCGGCCGGAGCUGGCCCCGCUCAUUCUCUUUAGUGUUUGCCCUGUGUCUGCUGCCGCUGCGACUCGCUCGCUUCCCUCCCCUUCCCCGGACCCCCCUUUCCUGGGAGCUACCAAUGGACUGAGCCGCCCGAUAGCCCGCCGUCAACACGAGCCGGCCCGGGAGCCGCAGCCCAGACCAACAUCAGGCAAUUUCCAUCAUAUAAAUAUUCUCCUUGGAACUAACAUCAAAAGUAAACUGUCCCAGGAACACCAAAAGGUACAAAUUCAAGCACUUAUACAGAAAAAACCCGCAUUCAAGGCCAAGUUUACCUGCACUGAUUAGGUUUCAAUGGAAAUAAACAUGUCUCAAGUUCAAAUUCAGAAUCCAACUGCUACUCUUUCUAGCAGCCAAAUACUAAGCAAGAACCAAUCUCUCGCACAGCCUUUGAGUAUUCCUUCUCCCACUAGUUCUUUGCCCUCUGAAAAUGCGGGUAGACCUAUUCAAAAUUCUGCUUUACCCUCUGCAUCUGUUACAUCUACUAGUGUUGCUGCAGUUUCUUCUAACAUGGCAAACCCCAAAGAGAAAACACCCAUGUGUCUUGUGAAUGAGUUAGCCCGUUUCAACAAGAUUCAGCCUGAAUAUAAGCUUUUGAGUGAGCAGGGUCCAGCUCACUCGAAGGUGUUUACAGUGCAGCUGACUCUUGGGGACCAGCACUGGGAAGCUGAAGGAACUAGUAUUAAGAAAGCUCAACAUGCAGCUGCUGCCAAAGCUUUGGACGGGACAAGGUUUCCUAAACCUACAGCUCGCCCAUCUCGCAAUGAAGGAAAGAAUCCAGAUAGUGUAACCCCCACAGUGGAGCUGAAUGCGCUUUGUAUGAAACUGGGAAAGAAACCUAUGUACAAGCCUAUAGAUCCUUACACAGAGAUGAGAUCCACCUACAACUACAAUAUGAGAGGCAGUGCUUAUCCCCCACGGUACUUCUAUCCAUUUCCUGUAGGACCAUGGCUCUAUCAAGUAGAGCUUUCUAUAGGGGGACAGCAGUUUCAUGGGAAAGGUAGAACACGACAGGCUGCUAAGCAUGAUGCAGCUGCUAAAGCACUGAAAAUCCUGCAAAACGAGCCCCUGCCUGAGAAACCAGAGAUAAAUGGGAGAGAACCAGAUGAUGAAAAUCUCAAUAAAUCUGAAAUAAGCCAAGUGUUUGAGAUUGCACUUAAAAGGAACUUGCCUGUGAAUUUUGAGUUUUUACCUCUGAAACAGGUGACCCGGGAGAGUGGUCCUCCGCAUAUGAAGAGCUUUGUUACAAAGGUAUCUGUGGGCGAGUUCAUGGGUGAAGGUGAAGGCAAGAGCAAGAAGAUUUCAAAAAAGAAUGCAGCUAUUGCAGUCCUAGAGGAGUUGAAGAAACUGCCUCCCCUUCCUACAGUUGAGAAAAUGAAGCCACGAAUCAAAAAGAAAACGAAAACAAUAGUCAAGACGAGUCCUGAAUACGGCCAGGGUAUGAAUCCUAUUAGCCGACUGGCUCAAAUACAACAAGCAAAGAAAGAGAAAGAGCCAGAGUAUAUGCUCAUCACAGAGCGUGGAUUGCCAAGGCGCCGGGAGUUCGUUAUGCAGGUGAAAGUUGGCAUGCACACAGCUGAAGGAAUGGGAACUAACAAGAAAGUAGCCAAACGCAAUGCAGCUGAAAACAUGCUGGAACUCUUAGGAUUUAAAGUCCCCCAGCCACAGCCCCCAAAGCCAGCACUAAAGACAGAAGAAAAGACGCCAGUAAAAAAGCCAGGUGAUGGAAGAAAAGUAACUUUUUUUGAACCUGGGUCUGAAGAAACAUCUAGUAGUAAUAAAGAGGAUGAGUUUAGGAUGCCUUAUCUCAGCCAUCAGCAGCUUCCUGCUGGCAUUCUUCCCAUGGUCCCUGAGGUUGCACAGGCUGUAGGAGUCAAUCAAGGACAUCACACCAAAGAGUUCAGUAGAGCAGCCCCCAAUCCUGCCAAGGCUACAGUGACAGCCAUGAUUGCAAGAGAGCUAUUAUAUGGUGGCACUUCUCCUACUGCUGAAACCAUUUUAAAAAACAGUUCCUUGGGCCAUGUUCCCCACGGGCCUCUCACGAGACCCUCUGAACAGUUGAAUUACCUUUCUGGUGUUCAGGGAAUCCAGGUGGAGUACAAAGAUUUCCCCAAAAACAACAAGAAUGAAUUUGUGUCUCUUAUAAAUUGUUCCUCUCAGCCACCACUGAUCAGUCAUGGAAUUGGAAAAGAUGUUGAAUCUUGCCAUGAUAUGGCUGCAUUAAACAUCUUAAAGUUGCUGUCUGAGUUGGACCAACAAAGUACAGAGAUGCCAAGAACAGGAAAUGGACCAAUGUCUGUUGCACUUAAAGCAAAUGGACAAACAUAUAGCAGUAAUUUGCUGUCUGAGAGAAAAGAUGCGUGAAGCAAGAAAUGGAAAGUGACCCUCUCCUCAAACCGGCUAGCUCAAACACUUUGGGACAAACACUGGACACCACUGCCUAAACAGGCUUGACUGGACCCAAACCUGAAAGCACCAGAGAAAAUCAAAUGCUUCCUAAUAAUGUAACCUAACUGUUUUAGAGUGCUACAGUUGUUACAACCCACUGUAGUGUCUAAAUCAUAACCGUUGCUUUUCAAACAGUGAUAAAAUUUUUAGUUUCAUUGCAUUGUUUUGAAUGACACUAUAAAUUUUUCAUUUAAAAGUUUCUUAAUUGUACCUAGAACUAUAGCACAGUUUAGAAACUUGAUUGUCUGACACACUUAUCUAUGAACUAACUUGGGAAGAUCAUAUCCAUGUAUGUGUUAAGUUUUUUUUUUUUAAUGAUUUUUAAUAAUUUCACUGGAAAAGGUGUGCCUACCAUUUGAUUUUCAAAGAGUAAGGUGAACCUCGCCUAAAUCUCAAUUGAAGAAAUAAUUAUACAUUUUAGAAUUUUAAACUUUAUUUGAUCACUUUGAUUUUAGAAUAUUUUUGAUGGGUAGGGAAGAGGGAGGGAAACCUGAAUGCAACAGAAGCUUAAAUGGUCGCUAAUCUUUGUUUUUAAAAAAAGUGUGUGUGUGUCUGUAUAUAAAGGCACACCAACUCAGUACAAUACAGGAUAUGAUCUCAAUGUAGUGCAUAUAAAGCUGCAGAUUGAUUUUCCUGAGUGCUUUAUACUGUUUAAUUACAUAUCCAUGUAGGGCUGAAAAAAAUUACCUAUGUUUAUAUAUAAACUGUGUUGCUUUUGAUGUUGUGUUUAUUGCCCACAGUAAUGUGGGCAAUAAAGUUUUUGCAUAUGGUCCAGGUAAAGCACGAUAGCAUUGCAAGUUAAGUACUGCUUCAGUUCAUUGUUUACGCUGGAAUUUUUUCUCCCCAUGGAAUGUAAGUAAAACGUAGUGUUUGUCCAAUAAA